AUGUCCGCCUCUUUGCCCGGGUCGCGGGACCUGCCUUCGUCCCAGUAUGACUUGUCAACGUACUACGGACGUGUGAGGCACACGAUGAGCAUCACGGAUCCAAGCACCCUGUUGGCUGGUUCGCAAGGACUCGAGAAUGCCAAAAGACUUGUCACAGAGUAUAAGACUGGAAAGCUGCAACAUAUGACACCAGAUCUAUGGCACGCGAAGAAGAUUGUAGACUCGACUCUCCACCCCGACACUGGAGAACCAGUCUUUCUGCCAUUCCGAAUGUCAUGCUUCGUCCUAUCGAACCUCAUCGUCACGGCCGGUAUGCUGCAGCCUGGUCUGGGAACAGCGGGCACAGUGGCAUGGCAAGUUGCCAACCAGUCCCUCAACGUUGCCAUCAACAGCUCGAACGCAAACAAGUCCUCCCCAAUGACCACGGCGGAUCUCGCCAAGUCCUACGGUAUCGCCGUCACGGCCUCUUGCUCGGUGGCGCUCGGACUCAACGCCUUGGUUCCAAGGUUAAAGGUCUCUCCCAGCACACGAAACGUUUUGAGCAGACUCGUGCCCUUCGCCGCCGUCGCAACCGCCGGUGCCCUGAACGCAUACCUCAUGCGACGAGGAGAGAUUGUCACGGGCAUUGACGUUCGCCCUGUGCUCUCCGACGAGGAGAAGAAGAAGCUGACCGAAGAGGGGAAAUCUGAGGCGGAUGUGCCUUCUCUAGGCAGGAGCCAGAAGGCGGCCAAGAUUGCCGUGUACGAAACUGCGGCCAGCCGUGUCAUCAACAAUACCCCCAUCAUGAUCAUUCCGGCCAUGACUCUCUAUCACAUUCAGUUCAAGCAGGCUUGGUACAAGAACUUGAUGGAGAAGGAGUGGAUCAAGGCUCGACCGCGAAUUGCCUCGUCAAUUCCCAUUGGUAUCAACUUGGGACUGAUUGCGGCGGUUGGAUUUGUGGCACUUCCUCUGGCACUGGCAGUCUUCCCCCAGAGGCAGGCAAUCAGCGCCGAGAGCCUGGAGCCGGAGUUCCAUGGUAAGGGAGGCGACGGUGGCAAGGUUUGGUUCAACCGUGGUCUGUAA